CUGGUGUGGAGCGCCAGGCAAAUGGCCUCCUUCCCAGAUUCGGAGGUGCAGACGUGCCCGCUGUGUAAGGAGCUGUGCGGCUCCUCAGCUCCGAUCUCCUCCAGCUCAUCUACCUCGUCGUCGUCGUCGCAGACCUCCAACUCGUCCACUACCUCGUCCACACGCAGGCUGCACGUCCUGCCGUGUCUGCACGCCUUCUGCAGGCCCUGCCUGGAGAGCCUGAGGAGCAACGGCGACCCCCUUAAACUCCGCUGCCCCACCUGCGACCAGAAGGUGCCCAUGUCCGAGUCGGGCGUGGACGCGCUGCCGUCGUCCAACUUCCUCUUCAGCAGCUUGCUGGACGUGGUGGUGUCCACGGAUGAUCCUGGCACGGGGGGCUGCAGGGGUAACGGGGGGCUCCUCCGCGCUCAGCCCUCGCUGACAGAUCCGCAGUGCAGCUCCUGCGACGAGGGCAACUGUGCCAGCUCGCACUGUCUGGACUGUCAGGAGUACCUGUGUGAGAACUGCGUGAGGGCCCAUCAGCGAGUCCGCCUCACCAAAGACCACUUCAUCGAGAGUCUGCACAUGGGGCCACGCACCGGGGGCCCCUGCACCCAGAACAGCCUCUCCCAGGCUUUCCACAACUUUUCCUUGCUGCCCGUUUUCCAGGACCGUGUGGAUUACUGUCAGCAGCACGACAACGCGGUGCUGCGUUUUUUUUGUGAGAGCUGCUCCGUACCCAUCUGUAGGGAGUGCAGCGUGGGACGCCACGUGGGCCACAGCGUCUCCUACCUGCAGGACGUGCUGCACGACUCCAGAGCGCUGACCAUCCAGCUGCUGGCCGACAUACAGCAGGGACGACAGGCCGUACAGCUGAGUAUUGAGAAAGCUCAAGCCAUCGCUGAACAGGUGGAAAUGAAGGCCAAGGUGGUGCAGUCGGAGGUGAAGACCACCACGCUGCGGCACAAAAAAACCCUGGAGGAGCGCGAGUGUGAACUUCUAUGGAAGGUGGAGAAGAUUCGGCAGGUGAAGGCCAAGUCGCUGUACCUUCAGGUGGAGAAGUUACACCAGAACCUGACCAAGCUGGACAGCACGAUAGCCACGGUAACCAAAGUGCUGGAGGACGGCCGCAGCAUCGACGUCCUGCUGGCGCGCGAGCACAUGCUGAACCAGCUGCAGGAGCUCAAAUCGCUGCGCUGCAUCCUACCGCCGCAGGAGGACGACCGUAUCGUCUUCACGCCUCCGGAUCAGGCCCUGCUGAUCGCCAUCCAGUCCAUGGGUCUGAUAAGCAGUGGAGCCUUCGCGUCGGCCACCAAAGCCCACGGAGAGGGCCUCAAGAGGGCGCUGCAGGGGAAACUGGCCUGCUUUACAGUGGUGGCAUACGACCACGAUGGAGAACCGCGCCUGUCCGGGGGUGAUGGCGUAUCUGUGGUCCUGAUGAAUCCCGAAGGAAACCUGUUCAGCGCAGACGUCUCUGACAACCAAGACGGCACGUACGCGGUGAGCUACCUGCCCAAGGGUGAAGGUGAGCAUCUGCUCUCUGUGCUUAUCUGCAACCAGCACAUUGAGGGAAGUCCAUUCAAAGUUAUGGUCAAAUCCGGGCGCAGCUAUGGAGGCAUCGGCCUCCCUAUGGCAUCAUUUGGCGGGGAGGGUGAUGGCGAUGGGCAGCUGUGUCGACCCUGGGGUAUCUGUGUGGAUAAGGAAGGCUACGUCAUCGUUGCCGACCGGAGCAACAAUCGCAUACAGAUCUUUAAGCCAGGUGGCACCUUUCACCACAAGUUUGGUACUUUGGGCUCGCGGCCUGGCCAGUUUGACCGACCGGCAGGGGUCACCUGCGACAGCCAGAGGAGAAUCAUCGUGGCUGAUAAGGACAAUCACCGCAUCCAGAUCUUCACCUUCGAGGGCCAGUUCCUCCUCAAAUUCGGCGAAAAGGGAACCAAAAACGGGCAGUUCAACUACCCCUGGGACGUGGCCGUCAACCCCGAGGGGAAGAUCCUGGUCUCGGAUACGCGCAACCACCGAGUACAGCUGUUCGGCCCCGACGGGACGUUCCUCAACAAGUACGGGUUCGAAGGCGCCCUCUGGAAGCAUUUUGACUCCCCCCGGGGCGUCGCCUUCACUCAAGAGGGUCACCUGGUGGUGACCGACUUCAACAAUCAUCGCUUGCUGGUCAUCAGGCCCGACUGCCAGUCGGCUCGCUUCCUGGGCUCCGAGGGGACGGGGAACGGGCAGUUUCUGCGUCCGCAGGGCGUGGCCGUGGACCAGGAGGAUCGCAUCAUCGUAGCAGACUCGCGCAACCAUCGAAUUCAGGUGUUCGAACCCAACGGCAACUUCUUAUGCAAGUUUGGGACUCAAGGUAGCGGCUUCGGGCAGAUGGAUCGCCCAUCGGGUAUAGCCGUUACCCCUGACGGAAUGAUUGUAGCCGUUGACUUUGGUAACAAUCGAAUCCUCAUCUUCUGA